AUGGAUGAGGAACAGUGCUACUACAAUGAGACCAUCGCCUUCUUCUACAACCGCAGCGGCAAAUACCUUGCUACUGACUGGAACACCGUCAGCAGGCUGGUGAUGGGCCUGGGCAUCACUGUGUGCAUCUUCAUCAUGCUCGCCAACCUUCUGGUGAUGAUCGCCAUCUAUGUCAACAGGAGAUUCCACUUCCCCAUCUACUACCUGAUGGCCAACCUGGCAGCUGCUGACUUCUUUGCUGGGCUGGCGUACUUCUAUUUAAUGUUCAACACGGGACCAAACACGAGGCGUCUGACUGUUUCGACGUGGCUUCUGCGUCAAGGCUUGAUUGACACCAGCCUGACGGCAUCUGUGGCCAACCUGCUCGCCAUCGCCAUCGAGCGCCACAUCACUGUGUUCCGCAUGCAGCUACACACACGCAUGAGUAACCGGCGUGUAGUGGUGGUGAUUGUCAUAAUAUGGACCAUGUCCAUAGUCAUGGGGGCCAUCCCCAGCGUGGGCUGGAACUGCAUCUGUAGCAUUAGUACUUGCUCCAACAUGGCACCGCUUUACAGCAACUCCUACCUGGUCUUCUGGGCAGUGUUUAACUUGGUGACUUUUGUUGUGAUGGUGACACUAUACGCCCACAUUUUUGUCUAUGUGCGCCAGAGGACCAUGAGGAUGUCGCGGCACAGCUCUGGACCGCGACGCAACCGGGAUACCAUGAUGUCUCUGCUGAAAACCGUGGUGAUUGUGUUGGGUGCCUUCAUCAUCUGCUGGACGCCCGGCCUGGUCAUCCUCCUCCUCGACGUCUUCUGCGCCAACUGCAACGUCCUCACCUACGAAAAGUUCUUCCUGCUUCUCGCCGAGUUCAACUCGGCCAUGAACCCCAUCAUCUACUCGUACCGCGACAAGGAGAUGAGCGCCACCUUCAGGCAGAUCCUGUGCUGCCAGCGGCAGGAGAACGUCAACGGGACGACGGCGGAGGGAUCGGACCGCUCGGCGUCGUCCAUCAACCACACGGUGCUGAGCGGCGGCAUCCACCACCACCACCACCACCAUAACGAACACUCAGUGGUAUAAACGGAGAUCAAUCCAUCUGCUUGAAGGGGUUAAUCUUUUGGAGAGACUGACUGAAGGAAGGAAAAUGGCAGCAUGGGAAGGUCAAGAGGGGCUGCGGACAGGAUAUGAACUAAAGACAGCAAUGGAAUAAAUUUGGGGAUGAAGGUUAGGGAGGUCGGGCUGAUGGUCUGAAUGAAGAAGAGUAUGACAGUUAUUAAGAAAGAUGACAAGACUUUAUCGCUGUGUGGAGGAAGAGUCUCCGACAGGCUGUUAGUAUUUUAGUUUAGUUGUUUUUUUUUUUUUUUUAUUUUUCUAUUUGUUGGAAAUGUGUUGUUAUGGACAACGCUGACAUGAACUAUUUAAAAGUAAUCUGUGAAAUGAAGGUAAUGCCAGUAUAACCCAUCCACUUCCUCCAGUCCUCCGUAGCCAUAGGUCUCACAUGAUCAAGUCACAUACAGACAGAACCCACGUACAAGAUUGGGGGAAACGAACAUAAAUCAAACCAACACACGUCGUUUUGUGCUCGUGACGUUUAACUGAAUAUUAAUCCAAGUUACCUCUAGCAGCUUUCACUUCAACGUGACCUUUUGGAGACUCGAGGCUGAUUUUAUUGGUGGUGUUUGGACCGAUUUCCAGAGUUCUGACUCUCAAAAUAUAGUCUUCAAAGUGAAACCGUUAUCAGACAUCCCGCUAAUGCACAUUAAACACACGACCGAUCAUAUAAAUACUGAGAUGUUAAGUGAAUUACCAAAAAAAUACUUCUCAUUCAACACAUAGUUAUUUAAGUAAGCUGAGCCACUAUUCCUGCAGUGGAUGCAUCAUUCAUCAUCUAAUGACUUUACAACCUAAAUACAGCGGGGACUCAUUAAUCAACUGAUCCUCUUCUCCUACUAUAAAAAAAAAAAACCUUAGUGAACGCAUCCCAAAAGUUUCUUCCUCUCAGCCAACUUAAAUACACAAAGGGUCCAUGAUAUGCAGAAAUCCUGACUUGUUUUCCCCUCUAAGGAAUUGGAGACAGAGAUCUUACCAAAACGGGGAGGAGGAGGAUGUUUGCAGCUUUUGGAGCAGGCACUGUUCUGUACCACAGUGUUAUGUGGAGGCAGGGUGAAGGUCAUGUCUGGUGAGUGUUAACGGACAUGAAAUGUGCUGAGUUGUCUGCCUCUCGUGGAUUUGUCAAGUGUCUCCUCUCUCCACGAGGCCGGCUGAGGAAGAGAGGCGGAAGUGUGAAAGUUUCAGCACGUGGAGGAUCUCUGAAAAUUUAAAUGUACUUUAAAUGACAUAAAAUAACAAGUGAGAGUAGAGUAGUUAACAAACAUCACUGCGGUAGUUGCUUUGAGCUGAGAGGUCAGCAGGGUUUAUCCUCAUCCCAGCUAGGUUUUAGCAGUUAAAGGAUAACUCCACCAAUCUAACACAUGAAAGUGUGUUUAUAGGUCUUGAGGAGUACUACUGGAUAUGUGAAAAAAAAGUAAUCUAAAGCCUUUUCUUGCUCCAAACAAAAGCAUGUAAUCUGAUAACCUGCCUCCAGUGAUGUCACACAGUGGCCAAGGUGCAUAGUGGGAAAUGUAGUAAUGCAUGUUAAUCAACGAUUUUGAUUCAUAAUAGUCAGUAAUGAAAAACAACAGUGUUGAUUGGAGUGCAACGUGAGACUUGACUACUUUUCAAAACCUGGUGCCUACAUUACCCACAAUUCCACAGUCAUGGAGUGACAUCACUGGAGGUAAAUUUCCAGAUUAUAUACAGUUUUGUCUGAAUUGACAAAAGCAUUAUACUUUCCUUUUAUUCCUUAACAUAUCCAGUAGUAAUUUAAUGUGUAAACUUGGCGGAGUUACCCUUUAACAAACUAUUUUACCAAAAAAAUGAUGGACCAGCUAAUUUAAACAAAACAGAGUAAAAAUGGUCCUGGUGAGGGCAUUCAUCUGUUGCAAGAUUAAUAAACAUAGAGGGCAGAGCCAAAGAAAACGCAACAAUAGCUAGUUUGUACUUGCACCUUUUUGUAAUAAAACAAACUACUAACAAGUCUUAAGAGUCUGUAGCCACAUUAAUGGCUCUGUGAGGCACCGCGGUGCUUUAUAGCUAAAUGCUAAGGUCAGCAUGCUAACAGGCCUCACACUUAAAUUACUAACAAGAUUACGUGAAACAGGUCUUAUUUACCAUCCUAACUUUCUUGGUUUAGCCUGUUAGCAUGCUAAAGUUUUUGGAGGAGAGAAUGUCAUUCUAUUUGCAGGUAUUUGGUCAUAAACCAAAGUGCUGGACAAUUUAAGUCUUGACCUGACAAUGAUGCUACUUGAAAAGUGAAAUGGUCACCAAAGUUAUUGCCAUUUGUCACGAGAGGUACACAAAUGUCUGAACCACAUGUCGUGGCAAUCCAUCGAAUAGUUUGCCCACAUUUCAGUUCAUUAGCUCCACUUCAGCGAGCUAAAAAUCUCAGAUUUGUGCUUCUUUUCUGCCACUAUUUGGGCAAAUUGCAACAAAUGGUCAAUGAUUUUGUGAGGGACUCAUGAAGUUCACUCCCACAGUACCACAGUCUGAUAAGUCUGCUUGGCCUUACAAAACACUCCAAGGAAACCAAAAACUGAAAGACAUGUAGGGUAGGGUACACAUUUUUUUUUCCCUUUUUUUUUUUCCGCCGUGACAGUGUUAUUGGAAAUAUGAAGUAAUACAGAUGUUCAUCUAAAAUAUACCAGAUUUUGUAGAUGUCACUGAAUGAGAUUGUUGGGGGUAUAUUAUUUUUUUCUUUUUCUUUUUUGCACACACAUAUGUCUCUGUACCCACUCCCUUGUUGGCGGCAUUUCCCCAAACACCCACCCUGGGGUCUCCCACUGACUAUCUGAGCAAGUUACAAUGUAUAGUGUUCCUCCAUUUGUGACCCAUGGAGCUUGUUCCUUUUUUUUCCUUUCUCUUUUUUUUUUUUGCACUGUUGCAUGUGACCACAUCUCCAAAGUGGAGAUCCUUAUUAAUUCAGGCAGCAGACAGCUCAAGUAGCACAAUGUCAUUAAAAUAUGUCAGCCAUUUCCUGUUGCUGAGGUGGUGAGGCGGCAGCCAUCUUUGGGACUAAGAGUUUAGCUUAGUGGCUGUAUGACCUCCCAGCAACAAAGGGGUGUUUUUUUCCUUAAUGAAGUGACUUCAGGGGAGGUGAGGCAGAGUUGAGCCAACGCAGUGUUGAAUGGUGUUAUAUUAUUUCCUUGGUGUGCACUCCCUCAUUGAGGGGCUGAGAGCCAGCUGAAAGAGAAGCCUGGCGAUGCUAUGACGUGCUUUGUUAAAAAUUGCCAGCUGAACUUUUUGUCCUGACUAAAAUCUAAACACUUUUUGGCCAAAAUACAUAGACAGAGCUCCGAACAGCUGACAGGAACGAGAGAAUCACGGCCAAAAACGCAGUCAAAUGUUUUCCAGGAAGCAAGAUGUUUGUCAGGGAUUUAAGCUGCGGUGCUGAAAUGAAAUCAGCUGGUAUAUUUGCAUGUCGGAGAUGUUCGAAGUGUUGACCUGUUUUGAGGCAACACAAGUUUGUUUGUUCAAGUUCUUCUCUUGGUUGUGCCUUUACACUGUAAAGUAACAAAAAAUUAAGGAAACUCUAAGGCAACUAUCUUGGAUGUUUUUCACCAAGACAGUUUAACUUGAUUCUUAAGUUUUGCCUUUUAACUUUCUCCCUACUGGUAGCAGCAGCCGCAGUAGUGCCUCUUGUUGUUUCAUUGACCGAACUCUGUCAAUCUACAGCUCUGGGCCCAACCCUCCAUAUUUGACAUUCACUGUAACCAUUUUUUUUUAACAACGUGUUGAUUCAGGUUAUAUAUCAAACCAACUAAACUUAUGUCAUUGUCUGUCUUUGUUUACCAGUGUGUCGCUCUUUGUACACCGUUGUAAGUAUAUGUGUACAGUAUGUAUGUAUAUAAAAUAUACUAUUCAAAGUUAAUCACCAAAGGGAACGUUCUGUAAAUUUAACUGUGUUAUACUCUGUCCAAAUGUACUGUAGGAUUUUGUUUAUGGUUUUUACGUCAUGAGCUCUUUUGUAUUGUGAUCCUAAUUAAUGCAUUUCCUGUAGACACUAUUACAGUUAUUAACAUGUUUGUGACCCAGAACUAGAUAUCUGUGUGUGCAGUGCCUUCCAGUCCAUGUCCUCUAUGAAGAGGAAGUUAGCACCAGGUUGAAAAGCAAGAGUUUUGCCGCCCUCUCGGGUUGAAAGUCUCAAGUCUCCCAUCUCUGACCGUUGCUCUGCACCCACCAGUGAUGUCACAGUGUCCUGGUGUACACUCCUGCAUCUUUGCAGCAAGUUGAGAAGUUCAGGAAAAACUAAGAGGUCAGCAAAAACACGAUUUUCAGGUGGUUGUUUAGCUACUCUUUGGGUUUGUGUGUUGCUAACUCUGUCGUUUUGCAAUUGCCUUAAAGUAGAAAAAAAGAUUUAUGUCAGUGUAAGAGUGAUAUUCCACUUAAAGAAAAGUUUUUUUUUUUCACUUUUUGAAUGAUAAUGAUACUCAGCACAGCCUCAUAAUUUGUUUAAUUUGUACAAACUCAGAAAAAAGUAUUGUAUAAUAUGAUUUUACCAAAGUAUGAACUCUUUUAAUUAUCAGCGAUUCAACCCUUUCUUUUGGAAAUUCAAAUCAUCUGAUGUGGGGAAAAGUAAUAAUAAAAACAACAAAUACUAAUAUUUUUAGGGUCAACACACACUGGCAGCAUAUAACCCAUGUCUAAAGCAACAUGUUCUCACUUCCAACUCGUUAAAUAUGGCAGCUAUGGUCAGCGGCCUUAAGCUUCAAACUGUAAUGUCAGUGUCAGCUUUGUGCAGCGCUCCAACGGUCAAGUGAGUAAUAACGCAAUGUCCGGUUAGAAUUUCGAAGUAAAGCUUGUUUAGGUUUAGGGGAAGAUCAUGUUUUGGGCUUAAGGUGCAAUAUGUAUGGAAAUUUGUUUAAAAUGUUCAAAAAUUAACCAAAAUGAUCAACAAAGUGGGAAGAAACCAUCGUUUUGACAUUAUGUUUGACAUGUGUACUGUUUUGAAGAGAUACUGAAGCUACCAUGCUAACCAGCCAGUCCAAGCCCUAACAAAACUCCCAGUGGCCCAAAGCUCCUGUGUUAGUGGUGUUACAAUCACUCCCCUUGUAGCUUCAGGGCUAACUGAACUAACAAGCUAACAGUAGCUCAAGUCAUGGAUGUAUAAGCAGAAUACAGUUAGCAACAGUUAGCAGGCACUCUUGUGAUACACUGCCCCAAUUUGUUGGGAUGAAGUCAAGUUGCCCCAUUUUUGUGUAUUGCACCUUUACUUACAAAGCUCAAGUCAACAAACAAGUCAACUUUGACUUGUGGUUGAACACCGUACUCAAAUUCAGUCAUCCGACCACCCCAAUGCUGACUUUUUCAACGCCACACCAGAGGGGAAAUGCUGCUAGAAGGGUAGCUACAGCAUUAUAGUUUGAACUGUUGGUCCACUGACCGUAUCAGCUGCCAUAUUUGAUAGGCUGGGAGGGAGAACAGUCUGUUUGAAACACAGCAACCAUUGCUUGGUAUGUAAGUUCAGACUCUAGCAGUCUCGACAUGUAUCAGCCCAUUAUUAUGCAUGACAGGAUAUACCACUGUCCUGUUUCCCAGCAUUAGUGUGCAUGAACUUUCUCUAAAAGCUUACAUUUUAUCACAUCAGCACUCCGGAUUAUCCCAUUCCUGACUACUGUCUGAAUGGUGUUUCCAAUGUUUGCUAUGUUAAUGCAGCUGGUGUGUGUUGCCCUUUAGAAAAUGCUCUCUUAAUACCAAAAACCGUUCAUCCCAAAGUGGUCUCGACAUCAUUUUUCGAAGACUUAUUCUCCCAAAGUACGUUAAAGGAAAAUUUUGGACAAGCCUUAAAUUGUCUAAAGUAAUUGUGACAGGGAGACAAAUGUGAUUUCCAUACUAUGCGUGUGUUCCAAUAUCAAUGAAUGUCCACCCAGAGUUAUAGUGUUGAUAUCCCAGCAACAAUAAAAACAUGAGAAAAGUCUGAA